AUGAGCCUGGGGGUGAUGGCGGGCCCUCUGCUGUUGCACGCUCAGCUGCAGGUGUUCUUCCCUUGCACAGCUGUUGACGAGCAGAACGCCCAGACCCAGGAACAGCAGGGGUUUGCCUUAGGUCUCUCUGAGUCAGAGGAGAAAAAAGACCCGAAGUUGGAUGACAGAGUGUGUCCCACCGAGAGCUACGGGGUUACCAAGGGCAGGAGCCUCCGCAAAGUGUCCAAAUCCCCAUGUGAGAAGCUGAUAAGCAAAGGAAGUUUGUCACUGGGCAGUUCUGCCUCUCUUCCUCCCCAGUCAGGAAACCGGGAUGGCCUGCCAGCCCUGAACACCAAGAUCCUGUUCUCGAACGUUCGGGCUGGGAUGUCUGGUUCCUUGCCUGGAGGUUCUGUCAUCAGUCGCCUGUUAAUUAAUGCUGAUCCCUUUAACUCGGAACCAGAAAACCUAGAGUAUUACACAGAGAAGUGCGUCAUGAACAAUUACUUUGGCAUCGGCCUGGAUGCGAAGAUAUCGCUGGAUUUCAACAACAAGCGUGAUGAGCACCCAGAGAAGUGCAGGAGUCGGACCAAGAAUAUGAUGUGGUACGGAGUUCUUGGAACCAAAGAGUUGCUGCACAGAACCUACAAAAACCUGGAGCAGAAGGUCCUGUUGGAGUGUGAUGGGCGACCCAUCCCACUCCCCAGCCUCCAGGGGAUUGCUGUCCUCAACAUUCCCAGCUAUGCUGGAGGGACAAACUUCUGGGGGGGCACCAAGGAAGAUGAUACUUUUGCAGCUCCGUCAUUCGAUGAUAAGAUCCUGGAGGUGGUCGCUGUGUUUGGCAGCAUGCAGAUGGCUGUGUCUCGUGUCAUUAAGCUGCAGCAUCACCGAAUCGCCCAGUGUCGUACCGUGAAGAUUUCCAUCCUGGGGGAUGAGGGCGUACCCGUGCAGGUGGACGGAGAGGCCUGGAUCCAGCCUCCAGGAUACAUUCGGAUUAUCCACAAGAACCGGGCACAGACACUCACCAGAGAUAGGGCCUUUGAGAACACGCUCAAGUCCUGGGAAGACAAGCAGAAGUGUGAACUUCCUCGCCCUCCAUCUUUCUCUCUGCACCCGGAGAUCCUGUCUGAGGAAGAGGCCACCCAGAUGGACCAGUUCGGGCAGGCGGCGGGAGCCCUCAUCCACAGUAUCCGCGAGAUAGCUCAGUCCCAUCAAGACAUGGAGCAGGAACUUGCCCACGCUGUCAAUGCCAGUUCCAAGUCCAUGGACCGAGUGUACGGCAAGCCCAGAACCACAGAGGGGCUGAACUGCAGCUUUGUCCUGGAAAUGGUGAAUAACAUCAAAGCUCUGCGCAGUGAGACGGAACUGCUGCUGGCUGGGAAGGUGGCUCUGCAGCUGGAUCCCCCUCAGAAAGAGCGGCUUGGGGCUGCUCUCACAGAGAUGGACCAGCAACUGAGGAAGCUGGCGGACACCCCCUGGCUGUGCCAGCCCAUGGAGCCUGGUGAUGAAGAGGUAUGUGGGUCACAGGGCUUCAGCUUGGGCACCCCUGGAUGCAGUGGCUCUCCCUUCAGUACCUGUAAUCACUGUGAUCUGUGCAGCUUUAAGGUUAAGAUGGUGUCCAUUUUGCAGCCCCUGAUAGGGCUUCUUAAGACUUCUCUAUUAAAACGCCUUGGAGGUAUAGAAAAAGACUGGCAGGUAGGAAGGAGUUGGGAGUUAGUAUUGAUGACUGGGCACUUGUUGCCUUCAGAAACAGAUGGCAGGGGUGGCCAGGAAGUUGAUAGAAGACUGAGCCUAGCCCCACUGUUUGUCCCUGGUGUGAAGACACAUUGGUUGGAUAAAUGGCAGCUUCUUGAGUUUGUUGUUGACAGGGACAGAGUUGGUGUGUUCCACUCAAUCCCACUUUUCUUUUGCAUGUGUUUCGAGACUCCAGCUUGCCAUACUCCCUAUGGCUGGGACAGAUAGGAUCCUGGGCAUAUUGCACCCUGGGAUGUUGUUGCAAAAGCCCAGGAGAGGUGCUUGUUGGAUGGUCAGUUUUGUGGGCAGCAUCUUGAUAAAGGCGAACUGUAGAUUGUCUUUUUUAUCAGGGAUAGAACAGAAGUGGGCCAGGAGAAAAAUUCAUCCUAGGGUAGAGUACUACAGUCUUGAAAGAGAAAGAACUGUUAGACAUUACACAUCUGGCACCCCUACCGCCAGUUUUGUUUGUUAGAACCUGUUGGCAGCAGUUAAGGUGAGGGUACAGAGGAAGGCUACAUCAGUCUGUCCUACUCUUCUCUGAAAAUGAAGGCAUUUGUUGACAAGUGCAAACCCUGCAUGGAAAACUGACUCUGAGACCUUCCAGUGAAACAACAAAACUCAGUAACUUAAAAUAUGAGGACAUUUUCGUUUAAAAGGACUGGCCAAGCUCAUCAAAAUUAGUUAAAUUGUUAACUAUUUAUAUAAAAUUUUCAUUUAAAAGAAAAUUACUAAGAUAAUAACAUAUAGAAUGUUUGAUAGAUAUAACAAUAAUAUAGCUCAGGAUUUCCAGAUUAAGUUAUUAAAGCCUGUGAAGUGGACAGGGAGUGGGGAGGCUGGGAAGAAGACAUGGACAGAGGAAUGAAGGCACAUUAAGGUGGAAGGUUUAAAAAAAAAAAGGUUCUUGACUGAUAAUUAGGGAAAUGCAGAGUUAGUAAUAUCUUUAAAAAAACUUAAAGGUAGUUUCUAGUAGAAUUGAAAAGAUUUAUGUUUUUCCAAAUCAGUUUUCUAAAAACAAAAAGUAUAAUCCACACUAUAAAAGAAAAUAAGGGACUUAAAAAAAAAAGGUAAGCAAACCAUAACAGACUUUUAACUACAGAGAACAAACUGAGGGUUGAUGGAGGGAGGUGGGCAGGGGAUGAGCUAGAUGGUUGAUAGGUAUUAAGGAGGGCACUAGUUGUGGUGAGCACUGGGUG